AUGUCGUCGCCACCGCCAGCGUCUACUUCGCCGGCUGGCUCGCUGCCCGCUUCCACGACCGCCACCACCUCCGUCGCCGCCAUCACGUCGCCGUCCGCCCCGCCAUCGACCCCCGCCGUCUACACUCCCGAGCAGAUGAGCGGGGUCAUCAACGACCUCGUCACCGCUGUCCAGGGGAUCCGGCUGUACCUGAUCAGUUCCCAGGGGCCGCCAGCGCCGAUGCAGCCGCCCGCCGCCACCACCGCGGCGUCCGCACCCUGGCUGCCCGCGCUCCCCGGCGCGACGAUGCUGCCGCCCCCGCCACCGGCCCUGCCCUGGCCGGCGUGGCCGCCACCCAUAACCACCGGGCCGGCCCCCACCUCCGCGAGCGGCGUCCCUAUCCAGCAGGUGCGCUUCCCCCCGUCGCCAUCACCGCUGCCGGCGUGGAUCAACGCGUCGUCGUCGCCCGCGCCGGUCUACUCUGUGGCCGGGGAUCCGCCGAGGCCCACACUCCCGGACGCUACAGCCGCAGGACACGUGGAAUCCUCCGCCGGCCGCGUCGCGCCAUACGCCCAGGGCGUCGCUGCACCAACACCGCCCCGCUUCGCCAAGCUCGACUUCGCCACCUUCGACGGCUCGGAGGACCCCCUCAACUGGCUCAACCAGUGCGAGCAGUUCUUCCGGGGACAGCGCACCCUCGCCUCCGACCGCACUUGGCUGGCCUCGUACCACCUCCGGGGCGCCGCCCAAACGUGGUACUAUUCCCUCGAGCGGGACGAGGGCGGCAUGCCCCCAUGGGACCGCUUCGGGAGCUCUGACUUCGCGGAGCGCUUCCAGGCUCUCGCUUGCCACGCCCCGGGCGUGACGGGCCAGCAACGCGCGGAGCUCUUCAUCGGUGGACUGCCGGACCAUAUCCGGGUGGAUGUGGAGCUUCAGGCUCCCCAGGACCUCCAGACGGCGAUGCACUACGCCCGCGCCUACGAGCGUCGCGCCCAGGCAAUGCCGCCUAGCCCACCGAGCCGCGGAGGCCGCCCGGCCGCUCGACCACCGCCACCGGCCGCACGGCCAGACCGGCCGAAUCCGACCGCGCCACCGGCCCCUGCCCCGGCCGCGACACGGACGUUCAGGAGGCUCACCCCGGCUGAGCAGCUCGAGCGCCGCCGCCUCGGCCUGUGCUUCAACUGCGACGAGCCCUAUGCACCCGGCCACAUCUGCCCCCGCCUCUUCUACUUGGAGACGGUCGACGACUUCGAGGCAGACACACUCGCCGAGCCACCGGCGCCGCCCGAGCCUGCCACCACGACCGCGCCUGCCACCGCCUUCGUGGUCUCGCUCCACGCCCUGGCGGGUAUCCGCCACGAGCGCACUAUGCUCCUGCCGGUGACAAUCCGCGGCGAGAACCUGUGCCAUGGCCUGGCGCAGCACGUUCCUCUCACCAUCGGCGACGAGCACUUCACCAUCACAUGCGCCGGCAUCGACUUGGGCUGCUUCGACUUCAUCCUCGGCGUCGACUUCCUCCGGACCCUCGGCCCCAUCCUAUGGGACUUCGACACCCUCACGAUGACCUUCUGGCGCCAGGGCCGCCGCGUCCAGUGGGAGGGUAUUGGGGGCACCGCUCCGGCCCCGCAGCUUCAGCUCGCCACGACCGACUCCGAGGCUGAGCAUCCCCUCCUGACACACCUCCUGCAGCAGCAUGGCGAUCUCUUCGACGAGCCGCAGGGGCUACCGCCGGUCCGAGUGUACGAUCAUCGUAUCCACCUCCUCCCGGACACGGCGCCGGUCGCGGUGCGCCCCUAUCGCUACCCUCAGCUGCAGAAGGAUGAGUUGGAGCGGCAGUGCGCACUCAUGCUAGCCGCCGGUAUCAUUCGGAUCUCCACGUCACCAUUCUCGGCGCCGGUCCUUCUCGUCCGCAAGUCGGACGCUCCACGGGCGCGCUUCUUCACCAAGCUCGACUUGCGGUCGGGCUACCAUCAAGUGCGCAUGCACCCGGAGGAUAUCGCCAAGACGGCGUUCCGGACUCACCACGGCCACUUCGAGUUCUUGGUGAUGCCUUUCGGCCUCACCAACGCCCCCGCGACAUUCCAGGCUCUCAUGAACGAUGUCCUUCGCCCCUACUUACCACCUCUUGGGCGAGCACUGCAGCAUAUCGCCAUCGUCUUCAACGAGCUUCGAGCGCACCAUCUUCACCUUAAGCGCUCGAAGUGCUCGUUCGGGACGUCAUCGGUCGCCUACCUCGGUCACGUCAUCUCCGCCGAGGGGGUGGCCAUGGAUGCGGACAAGGUGGCCGCCGUCGCGGCCUGGCCGGUACCGCACUCGCCGCGCGCCUUGCGCGGCUUUCUGGGCCUCGCCGGCUACUACCGGAAGUUUAUCCGGGACUACGGCCUCAUCGCGGCACCGCUCACGCGCCUGCUGCGUCGUGGCGGCUUCGGCUUGGGACGACGAGGCUAUCUGCGGCAUUCGAGGCCCUGA